UUCCGCUGCCUCUCCCCGGGAAAGGAAGGGCCUUUGGGAAAGAGAACGGGAGAGAAGAGUGCGGCGACCGUCAGAUUAAAUUGACCCUGAAAGAGAACAUUGUUUUCACCAUGAAUGCCAAACAAGAAAAAGAGCUAAACUCCAGAAGCCAAGAUUUCCACCUCUUUCAUGCUUUGCUGAUGUUGAGCACAGUAGUGCUGUUUAUUCCAGCUAUUGAAGCUUCUAAACAAAAUAUUCCAAGACUCAAGCUAACUUACAAAGACUUGCUGCUUUCAAAUAGCUGCAUUCCCUUCCUGGGCUCCGCGGAGGGACUGGAUUUCCAGACGCUGCUCUUAGAUGAGGAGAGGGGCAGGCUGCUCCUGGGUGCCAAGGACCACAUCUUCCUCCUCAGUCUGACGGACCUAAACACAAAUUUUAAGAAGAUUUAUUGGCCUGCUGCAAAGGAACGGGUGGAAUUAUGUAAAUUAGCUGGGAAAGAUAUCACUACAGAAUGUGCAAAUUUCAUCCGAGUACUUCAGCCGUAUAACAAGACACACGUUUAUGUGUGUGGGACCGGAGCCUUCCACCCCAUCUGUGGCUAUGUUGACCUUGGAGUCUACAAGGAGGAAGUUACGUUCAAACUAGACACACACAAUUUGGAGUCUGGCAGACUGAAAUGUCCUUUUGAUCCCCAGCAACCUUUUGCUUCAGUAAUGACAGGUGAGUACCUCUACUCUGGAACCGCGUCUGAUUUCCUGGGCAAAGACACCGCCUUCACGCGGUCCCUGGGGCCGACUCACGACCACCAUUACAUCAGAACUGACAUCUCGGAGCACUACUGGCUCAACGGAGCAAAGUUCAUCGGAACUUUUCCCAUACCAGAUACCUAUAAUCCAGAUGAUGACAAAAUAUAUUUCUUCUUUCGUGAAUCUUCUCAAGAAGGCAGUACUUCUGAUAAAACCAUCCUUUCUCGAGUCGGAAGAGUUUGUAAGAAUGACGUAGGAGGACAACGCAGUCUGAUAAACAAAUGGACAACCUUCCUUAAGGCCAGAUUGAUUUGCUCGAUUCCAGGAAGUGGGGCAGAUACUUACUUUGAUGAGCUUCAAGACAUUUACUUACUCCCCACAAGAGAUGAGAGAAAUCCUGUAGUAUAUGGAGUUUUCACUACAACCAGCUCCAUCUUCAAAGGCUCCGCUGUUUGCGUGUACAGCAUGGCUGACAUCAGAGCUGUUUUCAAUGGUCCGUAUGCUCAUAAGGAAAGUGCUGACCAUCGCUGGGUGCAAUAUGACAGAAGAAUUCCUUAUCCCCGACCUGGCACAUGUCCAAGCAAGACGUAUGACCCUUUGAUUAAAUCCACCCGAGAUUUUCCAGACGAUGUUAUCAGCUUCAUAAAGCGCCACCCUGUGAUGUAUAAGUCAGUCUACCCAGCUGCAGGAGGACCAACAUUCAAGCGAAUCAAUGUGGACUACCGAUUGACACAGAUUGUGGUGGAUCACGUCAUUGCAGAAGAUGGCCAGUACGACGUCAUGUUUCUUGGCACAGACAUCGGGACGGUCUUGAAAGUUGUCAGCAUUUCGAAGGAGAAGUGGAAUAUGGAAGAGGUCGUGCUGGAGGAGUUGCAGAUAUUCAAGCGCUCCUCUGUCAUCUUGAAUAUGGAGUUAUCUCUGAAGCAGCAACAACUGUACAUCGGGUCCCGAGAUGGGUUGGUUCAGCUCUCCCUGCACAGAUGUGACAUUUACGGGAAAGCUUGUGCGGACUGCUGCCUUGCCAGAGACCCCUACUGUGCCUGGGAUGGAAAUGCAUGCUCUCGAUAUGCACUCACCUCAAAAAGGCGAGCUAGACGGCAAGACGUGAAGUACGGGGACCCAAUCACCCAGUGCUGGGACAUGGAAGACAGCAUUAGUCAUGAAACUGCUGAUGAAAAGGUGAUUUUUGGUAUUGAAUUUAAUUCAACCUUUCUGGAAUGUAUACCUAAAUCCCAACAAGCAUCUAUUAAGUGGUAUGUCCAGCGGUCUGGAGAUGAGCAGAGAGAGGAGUUGAAACCCGAUGAAAGGAUCAUCAAAACCGAAUACGGGCUACUGCUGCGCAGUUUGCAGAAGAAGGACUCUGGCAUGUAUUACUGCAAAGCCCAAGAGCACACUUUCAUCCACACCAUCGCGAAGCUGACUUUGAAUGUCAUUGAGAACGAACAGAUGGAAAAUACCCACAGGGCAGAGAACGAGGAGGGGCAGGUCAAGGAUCUGUUGGCUGAGUCACGGUUGAGAUACAAAGACUACAUCCAAAUCCUCAGCAGCCCCAACUUCAGCCUCGACCAGUACUGCGAGCAGAUGUGGCACAGGGAGAAGCGGAGGCAGCGGAGCAAGGGCGGCCCAAAGUGGAAGCACAUGCAGGAAAUGAAGAAGAAGCGAAACAGGAGACAUCACAGGGACCUGGAGGAGCUUCCUAGAGCUGUGGCCACGUAAUUUUCUAUUUAAUUUAAAGAAAAGGAUUCUUUAUCUGCAAAUAUACUGUAUUCUGAUUUGUACAUCCCUUACACUAACGCACAGAAGCUUCCGAGGAGUUUUGCUACCGCGCAAGGGCAGUCAUCGGAGUAAGAUUUUACAUGGUGAAGAUGGGGUUGGAUGGGUAGAGAAUUCAUCGGAACCAGUUUUCCAAGAACUAAACUUGCAGCUGCAAAGUAUAAGAAUCAUCCUCAGAAUAGGAGUUUUACAUUUGUAAAUGUGUUUUUGUACUUUGAGUUUUUGUGUCAUGUAAAUAAUUGAGUUAAACAGCAUCCGAUUCCA